AAAAAAUCUUUAAAGUGGGUGGCCGAAUAUUUAAGACCUGGCCGAAUUUACGACUCGAACCAGUAGUAACUUGAAAUAUAGAGAUACGUAACUCUAAAUUUCGACUUAAUAAAUAACAUACACUUGGCACUAAUGCUCUUCCGUAGUUAUUUGAAUAUAAAAUAUAGGAUAAAAUCAAAUUACUGUGUUUAUACUUGCUAGUUUAUAGUGCAUAAAGCUCUUACGAGAGGUAUACAGGUAAAAUAGAACAAACUACUUCAAGCAGAUAGAGAAUAUAAACGGUGUAACGGUUAAAAGCUAUAAACAGUACAAUAACCUUGGUUUUAAUUUAGAUAAAAAAUGGAUUCCAAACGCGGAAAUGAUCAGGAUUACAGCACGAUUACAACAGUGUUAAUAUUUUUGCUUACAUUUCUGUUAGUUUACAUAAACACUAGACGUCAGAAGAGAGUGCCGCCGGGACCAGCAUUGUUUCCGAUCGUCGGCAAUCUUCCGUCGUUGGUUUCAUCAGAUACAUUAGGCAGGUUGAACGAAUUAAGAAAACUGUAUGGGGACGUAUUUGGACUGUACGCUGGUCGUCAACUUUUGGUAUUUCUGAAUGGAUACGAUAUCAUUCAUGACGCGCUGAUAAAGAAAGGGUCCCAAUUUAUGGAAAGAGCAAAGCCUUCGUUUGAUAAGGAGCAAGUGGUCCAUACCAAAGGGCUUAUAUUUGCCGAGGGAACUAAGUGGAAGGAAGGGAGGAGUUUCACAUUAGCAGCAUUGCAGGAUUUAUGUUACCGUGAUAAAGGUUUUAUUGAUCAUUUAGUAAAUGUUGAGAUCACAGGUCUUAAAGAAGCGAUACUAAAAUUUGAACACCCCUUUGACAUUGAAAGAUAUUUAAACUCAAGCAUAACUAAUGUUGUUUUUCAAGUUGUCUAUGGACACAGAUUUGAUCUGAAUGACGAGGGAUUAUACUGGUUACAAAAGACAAUUAGGACGAAUUCAGAAGAAUAUAUGAAAAGGGAGGUAAUUCUUAACUGUCUUCCGUUCUUACAGCAGGUUCCUGGUGACAUUUUAGGUAUUCAGAAUAGUAGAGAUACAUUUUCAAAGAUAAUGGAAUUUCUAACAAAAUACAUCGAAACUUUGAAAAGAAAAACUAGUCAUGUCAAUUGUACUUACGUAGAGAGUUACCUGGAUCGCAUUGCUGCCAACAAAAGUAAUGGAGUAGAGAGCACAUUUGAUGAAGACGAUAUGAAAAUAGCUGCAUAUCAUCUUAUUGUUGCCGGAAGUGAAACAACUGCGUCCACCGUUAGAUGGAUAUUACUUCAUCUCAUUAGAAAUCCACAUAUACAGGAUAAAAUGUAUGCGGAAAUGACCAAAGUACUCGGAAAAGAACCACCAUCAGUUGCAGAUAGAAAACGACUUCCAUAUGUGCAAGCGGUUGUGUUAGAAGGACUCCGAAUUUCUCACGUGGCUCCGCUAGCAAUGCCUCACACUGUUCAUCAAGAUACUUUAUUUCGGGGAUAUAUUAUUCCAGAGCAGUGCACCGUGAUUCCAGUCCUAAGCUCAGUUCUAAAGGACCCGUAUGUUUGGGAAGAUCCAGAAGAAUUUAAACCAGAAAGGUUUCUAAACGCUGACGGAAGUGACGUAAUAAUUCCAGAACAGUUUAUCCCAUUUUCAUUGGGUCCAAGGUCGUGUCUUGGAGAGACAUUGGCAAGAAUAGAAAUAUUUCUGUUUACUGCUGGACUCGUUCAAAACUUGAGAUUUCUGCCUGAAUAUGAUGGCAUGCUUCCAGACAAGAAUGGGGUGCUUGCAACAACAUUGAAUGCAAGAACGUUCAAAAUGCGGGUUGUAGAACGUUAACAUUAAGCUUUGUGCACAGUUUUUGUCGUAGAUGAACUCCUGUUGUUCUUUAUACCAUAAUGAAUGACUUCAUUUGAUCAAAUAAUGGAGUUUUAGCAGUUCAAGUUAUGGCAUGAAAUACAUAAGCUUGUUUAAAGAGAGUUUGGAGACAAAAGACGCGGACUUUAAACACGGCCAAAAAUCGUUGUACAAAUCUAAAACAUUUGAAAUACUUGCUUCAAAUAUUCGUGUGUGUAUAUAGUUUAAUAGCUGAUUUCCUCACUAUAUAGAUAUUACACAUACAGAAUAUUUAUAAAACAGACUGUGUAAUAGGCCUAUACGAAUUUCCUGUUUUUAAUGGUACUAAACACUUAAGUAAGUUGAUAAAGACCUAUGAGACAAAAUAUGUUGUUCAUUUUCUUUUAUUGUACGACUCUAAAAAUACAGAUGACCAACCUCCUUUAGGGCUUUCAUGUGCUAGUUUGUUGAAUUGCUGUGCAAGGCAAUUUAGGUUGUGUGUACACAGAUGAUGCAUUUUAGCAAUGCAGUUCCAAAACAUAUUGUAUCCAACGUGCUUUGACAGUAGCGUAACACCAGCACAACUGCGACUGUACCAGAGCAAACAAUAGAAGAGUGAAUUUCACGACGAAAGAAACUGAACCUUAUAUUUAACUAAUCACAAUACUUUACGAUUUUUUAUUUGCGUACAUCACCGAACAAUAAAGUAAAUGUCUCUUAAAGAAAGAAGCUGUAUACAUCCUCGCCAAAAUUAGCAUCUAGAGCCAAUAUACGACGGUUCUUAUAGUGUGUUUAUCACUUCAAAAAUAGGUAAAUGUAAUAACCUAUGGUUGUUUCAUCUGUACA